UUUUUUUGUUCGCUUUUUCAUCGAGGUUUUCGGUGGUUUUUUUUUUUUUUUCCUUCACUGUUCUGUUCACUUCACACACACGACAACACCAUGGUUUUGACCCCGACGACCGUCCAGCUCGAGUUUCUGCUGUUUGCAGUCAUCUAUGCGGGGCUGUUCCUGGUGCUCUUCCCGCUCUUCCUGUACCGGUCGACACGCGAGCCCUUGCGGUCGCGAGGCGUCUUCUGGUCCAUCUUCACAGCCAUAGGACUAAGUAUCGAUCUGAUUCUGCUGCUCGUUCGAUCCUACGACCGAAGCCUCUUUUCGUGCCGAACACGCCUCAUCUCGGCAGCAUUUAUCUCGCCGCUCUCGUUUCUGCCGUACUUUAUCCGCUCGUUUGUGCUCUGGUACCGCCUGCGAUGGCACCAAGAAAAGUCCACCCUGCGGCACUGGUUUCAUGAUCACCGCGCAGUGCUGAAGCUUCGCUGGCAAAUCCUCUUCUGGGUGGGCGUCUGCCUGUUGCACAUCAUUGUGGACGUGAUCAUCACCGAAUCCAACGCCGGAUACAUUGACGUCAACAUGACCGACACGCGUUGCAAUUCCGUUCCAAACUCGCUGGGUCAGAACAUUAUUGGGUUUGGCUAUGCGCUCUGUGUUAUCGCCCUUGUCAAGUUACUCUGGCGAGACGUCGAGGAUGCCUAUUAUGUCAAGAGCGAGCUGCGAUUGCUGGCGUACAUUUCCAUCCCGACGUUUAUCGUCUACUUUGCGCUCAGUGUGGUGGAUCCAAAGUCGUUCGAUUAUGGCAACAUGCUCAUUAUCGUCUUCCUUUGCAUCUUUAUCGCCAACGUGUGCUUCCCGAUUGUUGUGUCCUAUUACGACGAGAUUGUGCAACGGAAAAUGGCGCGAUCAUCGAGCCAAGAGUCGUUGGUGUCGGCGGAUUUGCCCCGUUUCCGCGAAAGCAAGCGACAACGCCGAGCCGCUGCUUCUGCCGCUGCUGCGCGACAGGCUGGCGCCUCUUCGGAGACGGAUCCGGUCGAGCAGGAGACAAUUCAAGUCGACGAGGACAUUGAUUCCGAUUCUGAAAGCCACCCCGAGGAGGAGCAACAGCACGCCGACGCAAAUCCGCGCUCCAUCCUUGAGCUCGAUGCUCACAUGAUGUCAAGCAACCUCGCGCUAAACCAGCUUGGCACCACCACGCGACCCGAGCGUCCGUUCGGCAGCACCUUGUCCGACAUUCUUGGAAACGACAUCCUGAUGGCGGCUUUUGCAGACUAUACCGUGCGCUGCUGGUGCUCGGAGAACUUGCUCUUCUACCGAACCAUGACGGAUCUCAGAGCUCGGCAGCAAGCUGGAGAAAAGAUUACCGCAGAGGACAUUCAGGCAAUCCGGCGCGAGUAUCUCCUUCCCACCAGCAAGCGCGAGCUCAAUCUCCCCAUCACCCUAUCUGCCCAAGUUAAUGCCGAGCUCGACCGGGAGCCCACCGACCCUGCAGUCCUCGACCCCGUGUUCAAGUCGAUCUUCGCCCUGUUGAAAACGGACGUUUACCCGCGCUUCCGGCAAAGCAGUCUAUUUCAGGAGGCUCUAGCGCGCGUCAAGUCCCAGUCGCAGGUUUAAAAUGCAGGUGAUGCGUUGUUGUUUUCAAUUUUUUGUUGUUUGUUGUGAUUUGUUUGUUCGUUUUCUGAGUUUUUGUUGUUAUGCUUUGAGAGUUUCAUAAAAAACAAAACUUUUUCAUCGUGA